AUCAGCUGUGUCCAAUCACAGCUGAUCACUGAUGAUCAGUGUGCCCUGAUGAUCUGUGUAACCCCAGCAGCGCCACCUGUCAGGGUUCAUCAGUGCCAGCUCUCAGUGCUCAUCCAUGCCACCUGCCGGUGCCCAUCAGUGCCACAUCAGUGCCACAUUUCAGUGCCCAUCAGUGCCACAUCAAUGCCACAUAUCAGUGCCCAUCUGAGCUGCCUUUCAGUGUCACCCAUCAGUGCCACUCAGUACCACUAUCAAUGCCAGUCAGUGCCACCUAUCAGUGCCAGUCAG